AUGACGCGACAACUCCCCUGGGACCGUAAUGCACUGGAACGGACGUCAACCCCGAAGAAACACACUGCAACGACACCUCGCAAAACCGCGACACCAAAUCGGGCAGUAUCUCGAGCGACGACAGCUGCUGCAUCGCCGCUGGAUCAUUCGAACCAAAAACCAACCCGCUCAAAUGGUUUCCUCGGAGGCAGAAGCCCUUCAACUUCACCACCGCCAGAACCUCUGCCGGAAACACUCAUGGUAGAGGGCCUCGAAAAUGACGACAAGUACCGCAUGGUCGAGGACGAGCUCGUCACAAUCGCAGGCCACUUCACAGCACACCUCCACGCAGCAGAAUACCAGCGCCUCAAAGCCCAAACACGCACCCAAAACGCAGAAACCAUCAAAACUAUUUCCCGCCCCGUCGUCGGGUCCCUCACUGAGCUCGCGCGCAAACGCCAGGAGGAGCUGCUCCGUAAGAAGAAGCAGCGCGAGGCGCUGCGCCGCGCAAAGAGGGACGCCGGCCGCGACGACGAGGAUAUUGGAGACGAGACGAGCGUGCCGUGGCGGGGCACGUCACUGCAGGGACUCAUGCACAGUCCCAAGAAGAAGGAGGUGCCGUUGAUGGCGCUGACGAGGACGGAUUCGGGGGUGAGGACAUCGGCUUCGGGGUUUGGGGGCGUGGUGAGGUCUUCUCAGAGCAGGAGGCCGGCGGUGCCGGCGAAGAGGAGGACGCCGGUGGAAGAGGCGACGACGGAAGAUGAGAGUGAUGACCUCGGAGGACCUGUCAAAGCUCCGGUCAGGAGGGACGUCGAACACAAAAGACCGGCUUAUCCAUCAGAAACUAUUGCAAAGGUCCAAAGCCGACCAAGCAAUCAGCUACGAACGACUCAUUCAAGCAGCGCGCGACAGCCCGAUGCGAAAGCGUCUUCAAACGGGCGUGGGGCCUUGGGAACAGUGGCUCCGAAGCCUGUCUCAUCCGCCAGAGCGACUACAAAUACACCACCUACGAAUGAUGAAGACGAUGACGAUGACGACGAUGAUCUCUUUACUAGAUUCAAGAACCGGAGAGCGAAUACCAGGCCUCAACGGCGGGCUCCAGUCAAGAAGGAAAGACCAGACUCAAAGGAAGCCGAAGACAUCAUUCCCUCAUUCAUAUGA